AAACACGAUCAGUCGAGAAUUGAAUGCGGAACGUGCGAGUAUCUAAAACCCCACAGAAACGGAUAAACGAAACGAAUUUUAUACAUUUCUUGUUUUUAAUUUUUGGAUUUUGAGAGUUGAAACGGUUUAAACAUUUGAUAUAUUGAAAUUUUGAAAAGUGAUUUAAAACAAUAACACAGAAAAAUAACGAAAACUACGCAUUUAAAAUAAAUAAAAAUUUGUAACAAGGAAAAAGAAAAUACUAAAACUAAAAGUUAUAAUUGAAUAAAAUUAAUAACUUAAAAGCUUAAAUUGUAUUGAAAAUUUUAAUAUAAAUAAAAGUUUCAAAUUAAAACAAAAUGGCAGGACCUUUGUUGAAAUCUUGCUGCUUUUGCCAAUCCACCCGUAAUGGUUCAAUUGUUUCCGGCAUCUUGGCCAUUCUUUUGUCCAUCAUUACCAUCAUACUGAUUUUCACCACCAGAGUACAAUUCAAGACAAUCGUAUUCGAUUGGAUUCCCACAGAAAUUGUUAAAAUUAUCUUGGUUAUAAAUCUUUGCAUGACCAUACUGAUAUCUCUACUAAUGAUAGCGGGUGUUUUAAAGCGCAACCAUUAUCUGAUGAUGCCGUGGGUGGUAUUGGGCAUUAUGAUUGUCAUCGGUUUAUUAGUUUCCGUCAUUUACACAGCCGUUGUCUUCUUUAUUGAUGGUUAUGCAUUGACUGGUGUUUUAUGGCUGGUAUUUGGUUUGAUUGCAUGUGCCAUUUUAACUUACUGUUGGUGUGUUGUAUACAGUGAAUAUACAAUUCUCGCUGAAGAAAACGAAAGAGGACGCUACAACAAGCAACCUUAUAGACGUUAAGUUAAGAACAAUAAAAAAAACUAAACUUAAUUCUUAAUUAUUAACAAUUUUAAUAUUUAUUAUUUUUUUAUUUUGUAAUGAAUUUAUUGUUAAGCCAAAAAAAACUAAAAUAACUGAUUAAUUAUAAUAAAAAAAAGUUAUAAAAUUUUUUUAUAAAAAAAAAUUUAACUUUAUUUAAACUAAUAUACAAAACAAAUAUGUAGUUAAUGUUUUUAUACGUAAAUUUUUUUUAACCAAAUUAUGAAAACCGAAACAAAAUUAAUUGAAAUUGAGGAAUCUUGUGUAAAAUGUGUAUUUAUUUAAAUAUGUUUUCUAUUUAGUGAUGAUCUACUAUUUUUAUAUAUAUGGAUUUGUAUGUAUAUUUUUUUUUAGCAAAACUUGUUUAUGAAAUUUUUGAUAUUAUUUUGUGUUUGUAAUUUAAUUGCACUACUCAUUUGUUUCUAUCUGUCUAAAAAUCGAAUAAAAAUAAAACUCAAAAUUUUUGUUUUUUAGUGA